UGUUGCUCAUGGAAGAGUGAGAUGACACAUCAUCAUCAGUGAAAGUAGAAAGCUCAGCUUCCUCGGCAAACUCUUCAUUCAUCAACCCCAACACCGAAUCGCCACCAUUCGUAUCAAGCCAUACACCUCUAGAUAAGCCUCCAUCCUGAACUUUAGAUCCAGGAUGGCCUUUACUAGCUGGCUGGAUCUUAAUGAACAAAACAGGCUGGAUCUUAAUGAACAAACGUACUAAAAACUAAAACAAUUCUCGAUCAACACAAAAUUGCGAUUUUGACGUUCUGCCACUACUGCAGGUUCAUAUGAUUGUCGUCACAGACGGAAGCGGGAUAAUGGGACUGGGAGACCUGGGCGUACAGGGGAUCGGGAUGGCGAUCGGGAAACUCGACCUCUAUGUAGCGGCGGCGGGGAUAAACCCGCAGAGAGUUCUCCUGGUGAUGAUCGAUGUCGGGACCAACAACGAGAAGCUGCUGGGAGACCCAUGGUACCUGGGACUGCAGGAGCGGCGGCUCGACGGCGACGAGUACGUCGAGAUCAUCGACGAGCUUAUGGAAGCGAUCUUCACUCGCUGGCCGAACGUCAUCGUCCAAUUCGAAGGGUUCCGCGGCGAAUUGGCUCACAAGUUGUUGAACAGAUACAGAAACGUCUACAGAAUGUUCAACGACGACAUCCAGGGCACGGCUGGGGUUGCAAUCGCCGGAAUUUUAGGAACCCUAAGAGCGAGGAAACGCCCAAUUUCCGAUUUCCCCAAUCAGAAGAUCGUCGUCGCCGGCGCGGGAAGUGUAGGAAUCGGGUUCCUCAAUGCGGUUGGGAAAACGAUGGACCGAUUUCUGGUACAGAGUACCGGCGGUGAGAAGAGGGUCUCAGAUCUGCUUGGAGAGGAGAAGGAUAAGAGAAUGGGUUUCCAACUUUUUUCACGUACAACCGGUUGUACCGGUUGACCAUAAACAAAUAAAAUACUAUAUUAAUAAUCUAAAUAAGAUCUA